UCCGCUGCACACAGUGACGAUGCGGCUCUGUGCGACCUGCUCCGUGGCGCACCUGGGGUUGUUUUUGUCGCUCCUCAGCUUGUCAGAUUGUUUACAGGUGACGGUCCAACCAGACAAGGGUUCAGCGGUGACAGUGUCCACUGACCUGCCUGCGGAUCAGUGUGCUGUGUGCACAGUCAGUGGUGUGAAUGACACCCAGACCUCCUGCCACUCCUCUCUAUCUUUGGUACCUGAGGAAGAGGUCACGCUGCUGUUCAACUGCUCCCAGCCUCUUGAACAGGCGUACAAUGUCCGUAUUACCAGGAGCAUUGAAUGCAAGACGGAUUCCUGCAACCCAACAAUGGGAGAGGCUCAAACCUCCUUCCUAACAGAGUUCAGGAGAACCUUCGUCUGGGACAUAAAGGCGCCUGAAAAGACAGUCGUGGUUCUGAACAUCCUAGGAGAUGGACUCAACGAGAUGUCACAGCCAGAGUCAUGCCUUGAUGGAUGGAUGUACUCCGUGGCCCACCCGAAACCCAAUAACAAGGUCCAAACUCAAGCCUACUGCCGAGGUGGUUCUGUGACCCACUUAGACCUGAUCAAUGGAGCUACUGUGUCUCUGCAAGUUGAACCAAAGGCAGAAGUGGUUUCCGUGCUUUUCCAAGCCUCAGCCAAGCCACUGGUGGGCCGAACCAUGGAUAUAAGUAUUGAAUCUGGGACGACUGUGGUAAUCACCAGAAACCCAGAGGAACCUGAAUGCAACGUGUGCUCUGCUGAUGGUCCAGAUCCCACCUGCCACGCCACAGAACUGACGCUGACUAAAAGCCAAAACACCUCGCUGGAGUUCAGUUGCCCUAAGCCUCAGGAUGUGUUUAGUGUGUACAUCAAAAAGAAAAUAGAAUGCACCAAGGAUUCCUGCAACCCUGCUACAGGAGCAGUUCAGCCCGACCUCUUCAAGGACUUCAGAAGAACCCUAACAUGGGACAUGAGUGUACCACAAAAGACAGUGUUGUCUUUGGACUUUCCUGGUGAUGGACUGAAGGAGAUAUCUGGACCAGACAAAUGUCAAGAUGGCUAUCAUUACUCACUGAGCACAACUAAUAGUCAAGGAGAGGUCAAAAGUAAAGCAUACUGCAAGGGUGGACUUGUGUCUCAUCUGGAUCUGCUUGGAAAGACCACAAUGACUGUACAAGUCCCAAAGGAAGGAGAAUUGGAUUCAACUGCGUUCACUGUUAAAGCAGCACCAAGAAAGAGCAGAAUGAUGUCCGUGACUCCUGACCCUGACACCAUCGUCACCAUCAGCAGGCCUACAGCCGAGCCAGAUUGCACCAUGUGUGUUGACAAGGAGCCCAAUCAGAAAUGCAGUCCAACAUAUUUUCAGCUGAGAGAUGCCCGUAACACUUCAGUGGAGUUUAGCUGUCCUCAGCCUCAGGAGCUCUUCAGUGUGGAGAUAAACAGAGAAAUUGACUGCACAGAGACCUCCUGUGCUGGUGACAUUGUUCAGGCUGAGUCCUCCCUGUUCCCAGACUUCAACAGGACCUUCAGCUGGGAUCUGAAGGUUCCCGCCACUCGGGCCUUCCGACUGGACUUUCCCGAACCAGGAAUGCGACAGAUUCCCAAAGGGGAGAACUGUCCGGACGAGCACACCUACACCAUUGUGACCUAUCUGCGCAGUGGGCCAGCAAUCAUUGGCAAGUACUGCAAAGGCGGCACUGUGACGACCAUUCAGGUGCGCUACAAGGGCCGUAUGUUGCUUAACGUGCCAGGCGACAGGAAGUUGGAACCUUUGGAUUUCAAACUCAGUGUCGGGCCGGAGACAGACAUGCUGGCCAUCGUGAAAGUUAAGCUUCCACGAGGCGUAUCAGAGACGGACUUUGUCACAGCCAACUAUCCCGACAGUUUCCCUGAUGACCAGCAGAUGAUGUGGAACUUCAUCGUGCCCGGCAUGCACAACUACACGGUGCGUUUUCGAGAUCACACCGCUCCCGAAUGCCUCAAUAAGGAAGUGAUGGUGAAGUACGAGAAAGAAGACAAGAAGGUGACCCAACUGACCCUGACGGACCCUCAGCCGGAGCACGGGCAGGGCAACGUCAACAUGUCGCUGUUCAACUGUGAGACCAACAAGACACUACAGGGACUCACUCUGGCCUUCACAGUAUCUGUGAUGAGGAGUGGGCAUCCAGUUCUGUGCACAGUGGAUCUAACCAAAAAGCAAGGAGUUUCCCUGCAGCUAGAGAAAGUGGGCGCUGAUCCCUACUGUGAGAUGAGCAUCGACUCUGUUGUUAAACAGAAGAUUAAUGUUGCCAUGGGAACUAAAGCAAGCCUCUCCUUCCUUGACUGUCCAAAUGAAGAUGUACGUCUGACUGCCAGUAAAGAUAUUGAGUGCCUAAAUUUGAACUCAUGCUCUGUGAGUGGGACUCUGCUCACUGUCCCCAAGCUGGAUUCCUGCCUCCCGAUGCCCCUCCAUAGUUUCACCUGGCUCCUGAGCAUCCCCGAGCAUGGCACAGUGGAUCUGGAGUCCCCCACAGGGUCUCUCCGACAGUCCCUGCCUGGCCAGGAGUGCAACGGGUCUGUUUCCUUGCACGUGGCUGAGAGUGAUGGGUUUUCCAUUGGAGAUUUCUGCUCUAAAGGAAUCAUCCGCAAAGUCCAGGUGCACGCCAAUGUUUCUGUCACAGCUACAGGCAUAGACUUCGCCAAGAAAAGAGGGCCCUUUCUCAAUGUCUCCUUCAGUGAAGAGAUUUCAGAUCGCAUUAUUUACAGGGUCACUCCUAAGAUGUCUGAUCCGGCAUUACUGGCCACUCCCAACUGGCCUCAAGGUAUGAAGCCUUCCACCACCGUUUCCUGGAUUGUCACCCUGUCGAACCGAUACCGGGCGGCCGUGCAGUUUCUCAACGUCAGCCAGCCCAAAUGUGGCAAGAGCCACACGGGCAUCAAGGUCCAGACGCUGGGGUCUAAGGAGGAGAUGUUCAGCCGCAGGGAGGACGAGAAAAAAGAGGGCGAGUUAACCGUGCCAGAGAGCUUCUACCUCAACAUGUCCAACUGUUUACCAGAAGAGGGACACUUUGGAGCAGUGACUAAAGUCGUUUUAGAGAAGAAGACUAAUCUGCUAGCCAUCGCCCUUGGAAUUGCUGGAGCUCUUCUUUUUGUUCUCGCAGUGUUGGCUGUUGUAUGCUACGUCACAAAGAAAAAGAAGAAAGGACAGAUGAAAACAGAAUCAUCCAUCUAUAUCACCAAAGGGAACAUCUUCCGCCCGGGCGACAGGCACUUCUCCAAAGCGCGGUCUGACAAUGACUCCCACGUCUACGCCUCAAUAGACGAGACGAUGGUGUACGGGCACCUGCUGCCUGACUCCAGCUAUGCCGACAGCAUGGAGGACCGUUUCAAUGGAAUGCAGGUGGACUCCUACCAGACUUUCACCGGGCCCAGCGACAGAGGACUCCCUGUCAUAGUGGAGCCAGACGCAGACCCCGACAAGGACCAGUACAAGGCAUUCCUGGAGCCCUCAGAGACCUUCAUCCCGUCCCGACCCCGCACCCCCAUCGACCGUCAGGACAGCCUCGGCUUCCAGGACCGCAGGAUGGUGGACAAUGAAUUAUACACGUUCAAGAGCACAGGGGAAAUAAACACUAUUCGCCUCUCGGGUGUAGACCUGGAACCAGAGCCACCGGUUGAUGAAUGAGGAAUGACUCACAGUACUGUGACUGUGUGAUGGACUGCUGUUACUCAAGUCUCACUGCAGCUCUCAGCAUGGGGAACUGAGACUUAACUGUGCCUAAAUUACACUCAGGGAAUCUGGGUUCGGUCGGCUCGUGAAUGUGAUGUGGAUGUUUGAUGUCAGCCGGACAGUGGAGUGACAAUGGAGUCAUUUCUCAAGCUUCUACAAUAGAGGCUUUGAUCUUGUUAAUACUUGAUUUUAUCUCAUUUAAUUAAAUGUGUGUGACGUGGAUUCAUGAGCAAGGACACUGGGAAAAAUAUGCAAGUAGUUCUGCUCCUUUUUUUUUUUUAAGGUGUUUUUAAAAGUGGUUCUCAUGUUGUUUAUUAUCGAGUAUUUUUAAAGACCCAGAUCACGUCAUCUGUGUUUUUUUUUGUCUCUGUACAUACAGUUUACCAGUUUUUACAAUAAAUUCUGUCAAACUUGG